CCCUACGAUGAACCCGAAGCUCCAGGCAAACCGGAAAUUGUGGACCAUGACAAGGACCGCAUUGAUCUUCGUUGGGAACCACCGGCUUCAGAUGGAGGUGCUCCCAUCAUUGGCUACCAUGUGGAGCGGAAAGAGCCCAAGUCGAAUAGGUGGACAAAGAUUACACUCAAACCUGUUCCAGACACGGAAUAUACCGAUGGCUCAGUGACAGCUGGUCGUGACUAUGAGUAUCGUGUGAUUGCUGUCAAUAAGGCAGGACCGAGUCCUCCCAGUGCCCCCAGUGAUGUCGCUACAGCUAAGCCCAGUCGAGAGGCGCCUAAACUGGACAAGAAUCGACUGCGCGAUCUGCUUGGUCCACGCAAUGAAAUAAGAUUGCGUGUUGGUGAGCCACUGAGCAUUCCUAUCCCUAUCAAGGGAGCACCCAAACCCACUGUAAGUUGGACAAAGGACGGCGGUUCAGUGCCACAGACUGCCAAGAUCACCGACACUGAGGAGCUUACUGGAUUGGACAUUCCUUCGACAGUUCGUGGAGACAGUGGCAAAUAUAAGGUUCACCUCAGCAAUGACUAUGGCGAGGAUGAAGCUGACAUCAAUGUCAUUGUCAUGGACAAACCAAAGCCUCCGCGUGACUUUGAAGUGUUUGACGUAUUCGCUGAGCACUGCAUGCUAAGAUGGAAGCCACCUGAAGACGAUGGUGGCACACCAAUCACGGAUUACAUUGUUGAAAAAUGCAACAGUGCUACGGGUGUCUGGGAGCCCGUGACUGCAGCUAUCAGAGACAACCAAGUCUUAGUCAAGGGUCUAGAGCCAAAUCAACUCUACCACUUCCGUGUCAAAGCUGUGAAUAACAUCGGUGAGUCGGCACCCGUCCAGACGAAGAACGCGGUGCUCGCUAAGAACCCUUAUGAUCCGCCAUCAGCGCCACAGGACUUUGAAAUCGUCUCCUACGACAAGCGUUCAGUUUCGUUUGAGUGGAAGCCACCCAAAUCCGACGGUGGUAAUCCUAUUCAGGGAUAUCAGCUUGAGAAAAGAUUGCUUCCGAGAGGAGAUUGGAAAGCGGCUACGAACAAUCUCAUUCCGGGAACUAAGGUGACCAUCUCCAACGUCGACGAGGGCAUGACCUACGAGUUCCGAAUUUGUGCCGUUAAUGACGGUGGACCGGGUGACUAUGCCCAACUUGACAAGCCUCACACUAUUAAGGACAUGAUCUUCCCACCUGGAAGUCCAAAUGAGUUAAAUGUGGACACUGUGAACAAAAAUGGUGCAAAGCUGAGCUGGAAGCCUCCAAAAUCUGACGGUGGCGCGCCAGUUACAGGGUAUGUGGUAGAAAAACAGAACGACAAAGGUGAUUGGAUUCCAGUGUUGGACACCAAGGAGGUCUCAGCCUUUGUGCCCAUGAAGGAAGGCGAGACAGCUCAAUUCCGCGUGCGAGCCGUCAAUGUGGAGGGACCUGGCGAACCGACUCGUCCCACAACUGCUCUCACAGCUGUGAACAAACCCACUGCUCCUCACAUUGCCACGCCUGACGACGGAGUUAUUGGUGGACCUGGAACAGGUGUUGGUGGACUCCAAGAUGUCACAAUUAAGGCUGGUCAAGAGCUGAGGUUGCCCGUAGCAUGGUUUGGCUACCCCAAACCGACGGCAAACUGGCUGUUAAAUGAUAAUCCCAUAAAGGCUGGUGAGAAUAACGCGGAGUUGCUGGAGGAAGGGCCACCCAAGCCAUCAGGGAAUGAUGCCACGGCACAGCUACAACAGGAGCCAGGGGGCACCUUUAUUCUCAAGGUGCCAAAAGCUCGUCGAGUCAACUCUGGUCGUUACCAGAUCCGUAUUGUCAACGAUCAAGGACAGGCUUCUUCAUCCUGUCAAGUCAAUGUUAUCGGUCAGUUGUAG